CUUUUCGCGGCUUGCCUCCCUCCUCCCAUUCUCCCAUCCCCACCCAUCAAGUCAUCCCGAUCCCUCUUUUUUUGCAACACGGGACCAGCCGACCACCACCCCAUGUGCCUCGACCUGCACACCGGCACCACGCACAUGGGCCUGCCGCCAUCCGCACACUCCCCCGCCUCGUGAGCAGCAAGCAGUCCGACUCGUCCCCCAGAUACGAAACCCGCCGCCGUACGCGUCUCGCUCCCCCAGCCCCAGGUCACGGCAAGUCUCCGCACUCGUCGCGGUCACCACCACCGCCCUCCUCGCCUGACUGCCCCGACCGACUCUCUCCCCAGGCCCCGUGCGUGACCGAACUGUCGAGAUCGCGAUCUGGUGGCCCUGGCGUCCGCCUCCUCCACCACCACCUUCCGCCCCUCGUAUAUAGAUGCCAUACCGCAGCCCGCGCGCCGCUGCUUCCUCCGCCAACAUGUCAAAGUCAACCCUCGCCAUGUUUGCUGCUCUCGGCGCCGGAGGCGGUGCCGCCCUGACCGCCGCCGUCUACUCGCUGCGCUCUUCCUCCGCCUCCUCUAGUACCAAGAAACCCGAGCCUACCAUCGCGACUUCCACCACCACCACAACCACCGUCUCCAACACGGCCUCGGCCCCCGCGCCGCUUCCCUCCGCCCUCGCCGUCCCGCCCACGCAAGUCUUCGCCGCUGGCCCCGUGAACCCGGCCGGCCUCUUCGAGUACGGCUUCCCCGGCCCCGUCGCCGACGUCGCCAGCCGCUCCGCCCUCAUCUCCAGCUACGACCGGCGCACCCGUAACCCGCACUGGGUCGUCGAGCACAUCACCCCCGCCUCGCUCGCCAUCCGCGACGGCGACCGCAAGCACAGCACCUUUGUCGAGGACGACGCCGUGCCUACAAAGUUUCGCGCCCUCCUCAAGGACUAUUAUCGCAGCGGCUACGACCGCGGCCACCAGGUCCCCGCCGCCGAUGCCAAGUGGUCCCAGCGCGCCAUGGACGAGACCUUUUACCUCUCCAACAUGUGUCCCCAGGUCGGCGAGGGCUUCAACCGCGACUACUGGGCGCAUUUCGAGGACUUUUGCCGCCGCCUGACCGUUCAGUACCCGUCCGUCCGCAUCGUCACCGGCCCCCUCUACCUGCCCCGCAAGGACCCCGUCGACAACAAGUGGUACGUCAAGUACGAGAUGAUCGGUAGCCCGCCCUCGGUCGCCGUCCCCACGCACUUCUACAAGGUCAUCUUCGCCGAGGACGGCAAGGCCGGCGGCAACGUCUCCAUCGGCGCCUUCGUCCUGCCCAACGCCCCCAUCCCCAACGAGAAGCCCAUCACCGACUUCGAGGUCCCCGUCGAGGCCGUCGAGCGCGCCAGCGGCCUCGAGUUUGCCACCAAGCUGCCCCUCCAGCGGCGCAAGAGGCUGUGCGCCGACACGACGUGCGCUCUCGUCAUCCGCGACUACGCCGACCGACAAAAGGCGUUUGCCAAGGGUGCCCAGCGUGCCAUCACUCCGCCCCCGCCAAAGCCAUAGAUUGACGUGGGGCGGCGUUCGAUUUUCGAGUGUAUGACCCGUGGCCAGAGGGAACAACAAGGAUAUCGGCCAUAUUUUGCGCUGUUAUAUACCCCCUUUGACGGUCUGUUGCAUUGGUACCCCCGGUACACUGGCGAAACUUUGAUAUUUUUGUCCCCAUCGUCUUUCACCUCGCAUAGAGCUGAGCGCAAGCUCGUAUGGUAGGCCCCGUGUACAGUAGAUAGCACAAUAGAAUCGGCAUUUCUGCCAUGACACUUCUUUGCGCGGCUGCCUAGGUGACGACCCUACACUUCAAAGUACCCGAAAUCGAUGCUGACGUGGGGUGUCCUCUCUGCGGCUACAAACCAAACUACACAAAGGUGCGCCCGAGCCGCUUUGUCCUUUUGUCCUAAGCAACGCCAUGUUCUUGAGAUAUCACACUCCCAUCCAUCAUACACUCCAGCAGCAGGAGGACCAGCCGAAAAACGCCAUGC